GAGCCUCGUUUCGUUAGCAAAUUCGAGAGAAGACUGUCGCGGGGGCAGGCAGCUUCUGUCUCAGUUGCCACUUCUCUUUCGCUCGGACAAGAAGCUCUUCGACCUCGCUUCGCUUCGCUUCGGCCAUGGACUACUUGAAGACGGCGAUUCCUUCGCAGCUCAUCUCGGAGAGAGGCUCCAAUCUCGUCGUCAUCAACCCCGGCUCUGCGAACAUCAGGGUGGGCCUCGCCCAGCAGGACGCGCCUUUCACCCUCCCUCAUUGCAUCGCCCGGUACACCUCCCAGGUCCCCAAGCCAAACUUGCAAGAUCAGAUGCUCAAUUCUCAAGUUACGACGGCGCAACACAUGGAGCGAGAGAAGGCUUAUGAUAUUAUAGCAUCGUUGUUGAAGAUUCCCUUCUUGGAUGAGGAGGUCGCGAACAGCAGCUCUUUCCAGCGCAAGAUGGGACGUGUUGAUGGUUAUAAUCCACAGAAUGUUAGGAAAGAUUCAGUCUUUGCUUGGACGGAUGUGUAUGAGAAGCAAAGUUCGACUCCGGUAACAGAUAUGUCAAAGGAUAAAGACUUGCCUAGUACUUCGUUGGACCAACAUGAAGGAAUGGAUAUGGACGUAGGUGAACAUAAAUACAGAAGUUUCAUUUGUGGCGAGGAAGCUCUGAAAAUAUCACCCACAGAGCCUUACUGCUUGCGCCGUCCUAUCCGAAGAGGUCAUUUUAACAUUUCACAAGAUUAUCCUAUGCAGCAGGUAUAUGAGGAUUUGCAUACUAUCUGGGACUGGAUAUUGGCGGAGAAAUUGCAUAUACCCCAAUCUGAAAGGAAUAUGUAUUCUGCUAUUCUUGUGGUGCCAGAGACAUUUGACAAUCGUGAAAUUAAGGAAGUGCUUUCUAUAGUGUUGCGGGACUUGCAAUUUAGCUCCGCUGUGGUACACCAGGAAGGUCUUGCUGCAGCUUUUGGGAACGGUUUGUCAACUGCAUGCAUUGUGAAUAUGGGAGCCCAGGUGAUAUCGGUCAUAUGCAUUGAGGAUGGAGUGGCUCUACCUACCUCCGAGAAGACAUUACCAUUUGGUGGAGAGGAUAUAUCCAGAUGCCUCCUAUGGACCCAGAGGCAUCAUCAAACAUGGCCUCAAGUUCGCACAGACAUGUUGACCAAGCCUAUAGACAUGUUGAUGCUAAACGAACUGAAAGAAUCAUACUGUUACAUCCAAGAGGGGGAGGUUGAUGCGGUAGCAGUUGUUCACUCAUAUGAGGAUGGGAUGCCAGCUGCGUCUCAUAGGACGAGGCUUACUGCUCUCAAUGUACCUCCUAUGGGUUUGUUUUAUCCAACGCUUUUGGUUCCAGAUGUAUAUCCUCCACCACCUCGUUCUUGGUUUAAUGAUUACGAGGAUAUGCUAGAAGAAACAUGGCAUUUUGAUUAUCCCAGACGACCGGACAUGGCGGAUAGUCUCUAUCCUGGUUUUAACAUUGGAUUGCCAAUGUGGGACAGCUAUCCGAUAUUUCAAACAAAACCUAAGAAGGAAGAGAAGGUUGGCCUUGCUGAAGCAAUUACUAGCAGUAUUCUUUCAACCGGGCGUAUUGAUCUCAAGAGAAAACUGUUCUGUAGCAUACAACUGAUCGGUGGAGUAGCUCUGAGUGAGGGUCUCAUUCCUGCUGUGGAAGAUAGAGUAUUGCAUGCAAUUCCUUCAAAUGAAGCAAUAGAUACAGUUGAGGUUUUGCAAUCAAGAACACACCCUACUUUUGUGUCAUGGAAAGGCGGAGCGAUUUUAGGAAUUCUUGAUUUUGGUCGAGAUGCUUGGAUACAUCGUAUGGACUGGAUUCACAAUGGAAUCCAUGUUGGUAGUGGCAGAAAGUACAAGGACUCUUAUUAUGUCCAAGCACAAGCAACAUGUUACAUAAAUUCUUGAAAGCAGUUGCAGCAGGUGGUUUCCCCUUCUAUGCGUUCCACGGGCAAGGUCGUAAGCCUGUUAAAAAUUUCGAAGUGGAUCCGAACUCGGCUGGUUUCCGUGGACAAAGAAAGCGGGUGCGUCUACGGCACUAUCAGGCGGCUGGGAAGGGUAAUUGGUGAUAGAUUGCAUUCCUCCUUCCUCUUUUACUUUCAGGUUUCCCUGGUGCCUAGGCAAGAGCAUAUCUUCGUUUGCAUUUGUCACUUCAGUUGCUCGGAGUCAGAAGCAAAAUGUUAGCAUGACAGUGGUAUGUGGAUCUCAGUCGUUGGCCUUUAGCUUUUCCUGUUUCAAGUCACAGUUUAAGGUAAUACAAAAAUCGAUGAGCUCGUCGUUAGGUAGUUUCUCUUCCUUUUUAUCUGACCAGAGGUAGAGCAGGUGUAAAUCUUUUGGGUGGAGUGAAAUUGACUUCAGCUUUUCUAUCGAGUUACAGACGGCAUGGACGAUUCUUGCUUUUCCUUCGUCUUCUGCCACGGGAAUGCAGCGUUUUGUAUGCAUCCGUGGAAAAUAGUCGAGCCAAAAGUUUGGAUACCCUGUAUGAUCAUGAAAAAGAAAUUUAUCUUAUCUUACUGUAUAGAUCCAAAAUAUGUAAAGUCAUUUUUAGCAA